CCGCUAAUAAAGAAUUACUUCUCCAAAUAAUAGAUGGCCUGAUGGGUCCUCCUGAAACCACGUUGAAAACGAAACGCUUAGUCUACAGUGGAAAAAGAUAAGAUUUUUACUUGUUUUUGUUAAGGGUUUUAUGCUAUUGUUCGUUCUUGAACUCAUAGUCUGCAAGAAUUUGAUUCUCUGAUCUCUGUGAUGGAUAUUGCGACUACUAUUGGAGGUGCUAUUCUCUCUCCUGUUGUUGAGGCGCUGUUUGAUCAGUUGGCCUCCCAGGACUUGCUCAAGUAUGUUCGUGAAGGAAAAGUGCUUACUGAGCUCAACAAGUGGAAGGAGAUUUUGGAGGAUAUUUAUGAGGUGCUUGACGAUGCAGAGGAGCAGCAGAUGAAGAGGAAGAACCAGAGGGUGACGAUGUGGACAAACAAGCUCAGGGACUUGGCUUAUGAUGUGGAGGACAUUCUUGAUGAGUUUCACAUCGAAGCUCGUCGACGCGAGUUGAAAGCUGGUGCAAGCAAGGUACGAAAGCUCAUUCCUACUUCUUAUUCUGGGUUGAAUUUCAAUGCUGAGAUGAUCUCCAAGAUAAAGGGAAUUACUAUCCGAUUAGAAGAUAUGAGGUCACAGAAAAAUCUCCUGGAUUUGAGUUUGAGAGUGAUUGAUGAUGGUGGGAGGACCAGUAGAGUGAGAGAUAGAACCACAACCUGUGUGGUGAAUAAAGCAGAGGUUUAUGGGAGGGAGGAAGAUAAGAAGGCGAUACUUGAAUUUUUGAAUACUGAAUCAAGUGAUGCAAGAGUCCCUGUGAUUUCCAUAAUUGGAAUGGGAGGCCUUGGCAAAACAACUCUUGCUCAGCUUAUCUUUGAUGAAGUUAGAAUGAAGUUUGAUUUGGCUGCUUGGGUUUCAGUUGGCGAUGAUUUUGAUGUUUUUAGAAUUACCAAUGCAGUUCUUCUGUCGUUUGAUAGACAUUUUGAUGCCAAAAAUAAUUUGAAUUUACUUCAAGAAAAAUUGAAGGAAAUGCUGUCUGAGAACAAAUUCAUGAUUGUCCUAGAUGAUGUUUGGAAUGACAAAUAUGAGGAUUGGACUCUCUUUCGUGGUCCCUUUGAAUAUGGGGCUAAAGGAAGUAGAAUUAUUGUCACAACUCGUGAGCAAAGAGUUUCAAGGAUGAUGGGCAGUGUUCAAGCUUAUCCUCUAAAGGGGUUGUCAGAUGGUGAUUGUCUCUCUGUAUUUGCACAACAUGCUUUGGGAGCAACAAAUUUUGAUGAGCACUUGGAUCUGAAAGCAAUUGGUGAAAGAAUCGUGCAAAGAUGUGAUGGGUUGCCUUUGGCAGCUAAAGCUAUUGGAGGCAUCCUACGAGGUCAACCAAACCAGAAGGUGUGGGAAAAAGUGUUGAGCAAUGACAUUUGGGAGGACAAAACUGGCAUUCUUCCGGCGUUGAGAUUGAGCUACUAUCAUCUUCCUGCUCAUUUGAAGAGAUGCUUUGCUUAUUGCGCAAUUUUUCCAAAAGAUUAUGAAUUCGAUGAGAAUGAGCUGGUUCUACAAUGGAUGGCGGAAGGAUUUUUGCGGCAACAGAGGGAAAUGAAGCAUAUGGAAGACUUGGGACAUGAAUAUUUUCAAGAUUUAUUAUCUCGAUCCUUUUUUCAACAGUCUACAAGCAAUAAAUCACGGUUUGUAAUGCAUGACCUAAUUAAUGAUCUAGCUCAAUCUGUUAGUGGAGAACUAUGCUUUAAUUUGGAUGAUAAGUCUAAGGUCCCAAAUUCGUAUUCAAAGGUUCGCCAUUCUGCAUUUACUUGUCAUUUCAUUGAGAUCUUCCAAAGGUUUGAAGUUUUCUAUGAAAUGAAUAGUUUAAGAACGUUCUUAGCGCUGCCAAAACUUUCAUCAGAUGAUCCAUCGCCGUAUAACUUUUUAGCUGGUAAGGUGGUGCAUGAUUUGGUGCCAAAGUUGAAAUGUUUAAGGGUGCUAUCACUAGCUGGUUAUCAGUUUACAGAGUUGCCACAUUCCAUUGGUGCCUUGAAACAUUUACGGUAUCUUGACUUGUCUUACACUUGUGUUGAAAGAUUACCUAAAUCGUUGAGUAAUCUUCGCAACUUACAGACGCUGAAGUUAUACGAGUGUACGGAACUCAUUGAGUUGAAUGCAGGCAUUGGCAAUUUAAUCAACUUGAUGCACCUUGAUCUUAGUGGUACAAAUAAUUUGCAAGGGAUGCCACUGGAGAUAGCUAAUUUGACAAAUCUGCAAACAUUGUCUAAGUUUAUUGUGGGAGAAGGCAAUGGACUUGGGAUAAAAGAUUUGAUGAAAUUUCGUCAUCUAGAAGGGCGGCUUCAAAUUGAGGGGCUACACAAUGUGGUGAACAUUCUAGAUGUAGAGCUUGCAGAUCUAAGGAAGAAGGAGAGUCUUGAUGAAUUGGCAUUGGUAUGGAUUGAUAAUUUUCAUUAUUCACGAAGUGAUGAGAAUGAAUUAAUGGUACUCAGCUUGCUACAUCCUCAUCAAAAGCUGGGAAAGCUUUUAGUUAAAUUUUAUGGUGGUAAGAAAUUCCCAUCAUGGAUAGGAGAUCCCUCAUUCACAAACAUGGUGGAUAUAAAGCUCUACAGGUGCCAAAAUAUUACGCUACUACCACCACUGGGAGGACUACCCAAACUUACAAAACUGAGCAUAGAAGGCAUGGGUGGAGAAAAACAAGUGGGUGUUGAGUUUUAUGGGGACAACACUUCUUCUGUGUUGCCUUUUCCAUCUCUGGAGACUCUAGAAAUUAAGAAUAUGUUGGAGUUGAAGCAAUGGGCUUGUUCUGAUGGUCUCAAUGAAGAAGUUGCCGGAAAUUUUCCAAAACUGUGUGAACUGACAAUAAUUAAUUGUCCUAAGUUGAUUGGAAAACUGCCUAGCUGUUUUCCUUCCAUCAAGAAACUGAAUAUUGAAGAAUGCCAAGAGAUGAUUCUCAAGACUGUGCCUGAUCUGAUCUCCCUCACAACCCUAAGCAUUAAGAGAAUUUCAGGGUUAGAAAGUUUACAUGAAGUGGUUACACAGGCCUUGGUGGCACUUGAAGAUCUGGAGAUUGUUGAUUGUGGUCAACUGGUAUACUUGUGGCAAGAUUCCACUAAUUUAGACAAACUUACUUGUCUGAGUCAUUUAAAGAUCGAAAGAUGCAAGAAGCUUGUGUUUUUGGUAGGGGGAGAGGAAGGGCUUUUACCUUGUAUGCUUGAAGAUUUGAACAUAGACCAUUGUUAUGAAUUGGAAAGUCUGCCAAAUGGGCUGCACAGCCUCACAUCUCUCAGAGUUUUACGCAUCUGUUCUUGCUUAAAGCUUGUGUCCUUUCCAGCUGCAGGUUUACCUUCCAGUCUUAAAAUUCUCCUGAUCUCAUUUUGUAAUUCUCUGGAGUCCAUGCCAGAGGGCAUUAUGCAUGAUAGUGAUACUAGCAAUGAGAUGUCUCAUCUUGAGGAUUUGCGUGUCAUAGGAUGUCCAUCUCUUUUAUCCCUUCCAAUUGGUGAAAUUCCUCAGUCGGUUAAGUUUCUUGGGUUUUGCUAUUGGACGACACAAUUAUUGGAGUCACUUGGUGGUAGAUUCUCGCAUCUCACGGCAUUAAAAAUAUGUGAAUCUCCAAAGCUAGAGUCUUUCACAGAAAGUGGAUUGGUCAUCCCCAAUCUUUGCUCUUUAACCAUAGAGUAUUGUAAGAAUUUGAAGUCAUUACCUAAUCAGAUGCAAAAUCUCAAAUCUCUUGUAUCUCUAGCUAUAAGAAAUUGUGGAGGUUUGGUGUCCUUUCCAGGAGGGGGUUUACCUCCAAACCUAACUUAUCUUGAAAUUUCGGAUUGCAAGAAUCUGACACAGCCAAUGUCGGAAUGGGGACUCCAUAGACUCACCUCUCUUAGAGAAUUUGCAAUCAUUGGUAGAAGUCCUAGUACAGAUUUGGUUUCCUUUCCAGAUGAGGAAGGCCAACUGCUUCCCUCUUCCCUAACCUUUCUUUACAUCAAAGGAUUUGAGAAUCUGAAAUCCAUAUCCGCAGGCCUUCACAACCUCACAUCUCUUGAUGAUUUAUCGAUUUACCAUUGCCCUAAAAUCCAAUCAUUGCCAACGGAGGACCUUGCCAGACUUGGAACCUUGCAUAUCUCAGGGUGUCCCUUUCUGGAAAAACGGUGCACAAAAGAGAAAGGAGAUUAUUGGCGCUUCGUUGCUAAUAUCCCCUGUCUUGUAAUCUAUUCUUAAUAAAAUCUGGAAAGAAUUCUGUGCUCAAGAAACACUGAUGGUAGGAUGAAGGCAUUUCACAAAUGAGGUAUUACUCUUCUUUUCUCUCUGACUUAGGGCUAAAAUUGUUCUUAUAUGUAACAUCAUUUUUUUUUAAUUUUUAUCACUUUCGUUCAAUUGUAUACUUCAUAGUUCUUACAUGUAUGGUGUUUCGUUCAUAAUACAAUACCCAAGUUCUGGCUAUAGCUUGUCAUUGUAUUAUGGCAUCUGCUACUUUAUAAUCAAGCAGUUGUCAUCUUUUUUUUUUUUUUUUUUUGGUUCAGCAGUUUUCUUUUGAUGUUUUAUGUAUCUUCACUCUUUAAAUUCACUACUUGAUGAUGGUGGUUGAGGAUUUAUUUUAUUUAGUUCCUCAGAUGCUACUUCACCAUGUAUAACUGAAAGAGUCCCUAUUGAUGAUGUUGAAGAAUCAUUAAUUGGAUUAUUGAUGACAUUAUCAUGCUAAAUCUUGCUCAUGGGCAGUACCAGGUUUGCUCAUAUUGGGAUGCUUGAAUAUCUACAGACAUGACCUUUUGUUCCUGCAGAAGUGAAUCUCGGUUUCAUACUGUAACUGAAUUCAGAGUUGCACUGUUGCUAGCAAGCAGUCCAUGGUUUUACGCAGAGGGAAGAGGUCUUGUAACCCCAAAUGGACUGUAUUUUACAUAUUAUAUCGUGCAAGCUUCAAAUCUUUACUCAACAUGAUGAAUUAUUAAAUGGCUGCACAACUUGCAUAAACAGGGGAACCUGUUUAGUGCUUCCCGGUAGACUGAGUAACAGGACUUAAAGAAUGAAGAAUGAUUCGAGGACAGACUAAGCUGGAACUUUGGCCAGCUCCCAAUUCUUAAAAGACCUUGGAAUGAGGAUCAAUUUCCCUCAGGAUACAACCUACUUUCGUUGAGGUUUGUUCCUUAUUCUUUAAUGGUUUGCUUCUCUUGUAAAUAAAUAAAUACAAACAAAAUUAAGUGUUUGUCUGGUGCUAAUUGACUGUAAAUAAAUUGAGAUUUCCCCUAUUCUUGAAGAAUCUUUCAUUGGAUUGUAGAUGACAUGCUAUAUCUUCCUCAAGCAGUACUGGAAUCAUGGUAGCUUCUAUUAUUUAUCAUUUUGUUUCUGUUUGAUCUUCUUUUAUUGUACACCAAAUUUUAGGUUCACGCAUGUUUCCUUAAUCGUGCUACGUCUUGCAUUCUUGCUUGUGGCAGUAGUGUAUACACAGACUUACAAUCAUGAUAGCUUUUAUUCAUUCACCUUUAUGUUUCUGUUUGACUCCUUUUGUUGUAUGCCAAAUUUUGGUUCAAAUGAUAGAAUUCUUUCAUUAAGGUUUGCUCAUAUUUGGCAGACUUAAAAAGCUGCUGUCACCUUUUGGUUUCAGCAAAACAGAAUUUGGAUUAUCAUUAAAGCUUGCUAGGAUCAGUUAAGAACUCAAUCCCUCUGGAUUUCAGUCAUUAUUGAUUUACCUAUUUUUUCUAGAUAAGCUUUUGAUCAAAGGUAAAUAUUGUUGUCCUGGUCCCUGGGAGAGGUCUUUGUAACCAAAUUGACUAGAUUUUACAUACAAUAUCUGGUUAUUUUCAAGUCUGUGCGUAUCAUCAUGAAUUAAGAAAUGCCUCCACCACUUAUGUUAACAGGGGGCCUGCCUGACUCUUCCUGAUAGACUGGGUAUCAGAUCUUAAAGGAUGAAAAAGAAUUUUGCAAUGUCUUGAGCUUGAACACAUGCAGAAGACAAGGCGAGUUCCUGAUUUUUGAAAGACCUGGAAUGCGAACUUAAAGAACAAGUUUGGAUUUAAGCUAAUUAUUUUUAUUUCUUAGGCCAGAGAUAAUAAGGUUACAUCCAGUGGUCAGAGUUACUUUGCUUUUUGCAAAAUGUGAUAUCAAGGUUAGCUUUCAUAAUAGUUGAACUGUUAAGUCUAUUUACCAAUUAUGCUCAAAUAUCUUAUUUUAUUAUUUCUUAUAAGCUCAAAUAUUUCCCUACAGUUUGCUUUAUAUAUGAUAUAUAAACUUAGAGGGUGGCCUUAUUGUAACGGUAAAAGUUACUCUGCUUGUGACCUAGAGGUCACGGAAUCGAGCCAUGGAAACAACCUAUCUAUAAAGUAGGGAUAAAGCUACAUACAUCAACCCUUUCCCAGAGCCCACAAGUAAGAGAUGUUUCAUGCAUUGGGUCACCCUUUAUAUGAUACAUAAACUUCCUCAACUUUGUGUGUGUGCAUAUAGUUCAAACAGAAACUAGUAUACAUCAUUUACCGGGGAAAAUUAUUCACCCUUCCUUUCAAUCUACUGUUCUGAUUGUUGCAUGGCAUCUAUUUACAUCUUGUUUUGACAAGUACCCAAACAAAAUAUGCAUAUGUUUCAUCUGAAAAUCUCAUAUUUUAGCAGCAUUGCAUCAGUUCAAAUGCUUCUGAAUUGCAUCAGUUCUAGGACACUACUAGACAGUCAUGAUAUUGAUCUUCUGAAUUGGAUUGCAGGUUUACACUCAUAGCACCUGAAGAGACUUAUGUGAAGCAAAAGAAGCAACUUCUGCCUAGAUAUUAAAGUAUGUGCCCAUUCAUGAAGAAAUAUUCCUAUACAAUCCCAUUUUCUCCACAUUAAUGGAUUUUUUGCUGUUCAAGAUGGAAGAGGAGCAAUAUAGGAAAACUCCAAAAUUCUGUACCAUGGUCCCUGGAUACAACCUGUUUAUUUGGAGGCAUAUUUCUUAUUCCUGAUUAAGAAAAUUUUCAGCAUACAUUUUGAGCCUAGGUCCAUUUUUGUGAGACAUGAGACGCCUUCUUUACUGCCUGUAUUGCUUCCUAAAGGCAAACGAUAAAGGCCAUUGAGGUUGUGAAGUUAUUUGAGCAUGUUGUUCUGCCUGAAAACUUGGAAUCACAAAAUUUUUCAAUGUACACGAUGAUUCAAAGCCUCAGUCAUCUUAGCAAGCAAAGCCGGUGGAGAACCUGAAGAGAUAUCAAUGUUGGGCAUUCAUUUUCCUGCUAGAUUGUCUCAUGAUCUCUGAAGGCAUUUUUAAAGACAUGUAUGUUGACCAUGUAGCUCAAUUAUCUUCUUUGAAAGGGUUGAAACCGAAGGUUUAAUGUUCGAAUUGUAUGCCUUUAGUAGGGCUUAAUAAAAGACGCUGCAAAUUGUAUGCC